UACCACCAAUGAUUAUAUUUAAAGGUAAACGAUUGAAGCCAGAAUUAUAUGAUAAUUUGCCACCAGGUUCUCUAGUAGAAAAAUCUGCAAAGGGGUAUAUGACUAAUGAACUUUUUAAAGAAUUUCUGAAGCACCUAGCUAGAUAUAAAAGUGCAGGAAAGUCCCUUUUAAUAUUUGAUGGAGCAGCUUGUCACUUAGACUUAACCAUCGUUGAAGUCGCAGAUUCACUCGACAUAUCAUUAUACUGUUUACCUUCGAAUACCACUCACGAACUGCAACCCCUAGAUAAAGCCGUCUAUCGAUCAUUUGAACACCACUGGGAUGCAGAAGUCUUAUCAUUUAUGGAACAAAACCCAGACAAAAGGCUCACUAAGGCACGGUUUAAUGUUAUUCUUUCAAAUGUCUGGUCCAAAUGCAUGACUCAUAAUAACAUUACAAGCGGCUUUAAAACCACUGGUUUAUAUCCAUUGAAUCCACAAGCUAUUCCAGAAACAGCUUUUGCUCCGUCUUUAUUGACAGAAGUUCCAGGUCUUGUAGUUGACACAGUUGAUAAAGAAAAUUCGCAACCUCGCAUCUCCCCCAAGCCAAUAACCCCAAGACCCUCCACGUCGACAGCACAAGAAGAAAGAAUUGAUAGCAGGGUAAACAGACCUUCUGGAACAUUUUACCGCAUGGUUUACGGUAGUUCUAGUUCAGAUGAUGAAGAAGACCAAGUGCCACUCGCUCUAGUAAAAAGAACAGCAUUUCAGCAACUUAUGCCUACACCGGCGAAAAAUAUUGAAAAAACACAAAAUGUUAGAAGAAAAGCCAUUAAUUAUCGGGGAACUCCAGUCAUCAAGGACCUAUUCGACAAAAACAAGAAAGAGAAGAAAAUAAGAAAGAGGUCAACUCUUAAAGAAAGACAUGACAAACAAAACGAUGCUAUUUGGUACUGUCACGCUUGUGAGGAGGAUAAGAUGGAAGACAUGAGGGCAUGUUCAAAUUGCGGCAAGUGGUAUCAUGAGGAAUGCGUCGGUUUGACAGUAAAUGACAUAGAUAAUUUUGAGUGCCCUGAUGGAUGUUAAACAAAGAAAUAUGUUGUAAUUUUGAAGACUAAGCAUGAUUAAUGCAUAUACAUUAUAAUUCAUCUCAAUUACCAAAUAUUAGAAGCCUAUUUUGUAUAUUUAUGAGUGUUAAAAUCUUAGGCUUUAUUAUCCUACUAUAGUAUAAUAAGGCCUACUGACAAGGUUUUUAAAAAUGUUUUAUUUUAUGUUUGUUUACGGCAAAAGAGGCCAUUUUUUGUUAACAUUUUAUAGUAAUUGAUCUGUAGGUUUAAUUAAUAUUACAAUUUAUUGAGUCGUAUAAAUAGUUUUUAUUUUAUUUCAAAUCUCCCUUAGGUAGGCCUU